GGUAUUGGGUGAGCACGUUCCGUUGUGCUGCCCCUUCCUCUCAAUACCUUGAGCUACUAGAGAAGAUACUCAGCUCUGAUCAAGCGGCUGCGAAUACUCCCUCCACUGCUGGCACAGGACCUAGUGGAAGAGUACCAAUGAGACGUAAAACCCGAGGACAAGAUACCCUGGCACUUGAAACACUCAAAGGAAAAGGAAGUAUUGUGGAGUCGGUGGAUCUUAGUAAGAGUGAGAUUAGGAGACAAAAGAAAGAGAAGAGGAGGAGGGAGUGGGAGGAGUUUAAUCAAACGAAGCCAGGGGCUGGUUACGAGGAUCCAGAAGAGGUUUCAGCUAUUAGUAAAGCAAAGUCAGAAAUGGGCGAUUAUAAGCUUAAGACUUCGAGUGAUUACGUUGUGUCCGAUCAACAAAGAAUGUCCACUGAGAAGAAGAGAAGGGAACUACUGAUAUGCAGAAACAAUAUUUUUGAUGCUAAACGUAAAUACAAUGAUAAACUGAUGGCCCUCAGAGACUAUAAGAUUGAAAUGAUUAAAAAGAUUACAUUGCUAGUUAAUGAACUGAAAAGUGCUCAACGUCAUUUGCCUCCCUCUCUUCGUAAACCUCUCCCAACCAUUCCAACACUUAAACCUGAAGAAGUCCCUGAAAG